UUGAAAAAGCGGCGCGGCUCGUUCAAGAUGGCGGAGCUCGACCAGUUGCCUGACGAGAGUGUACAACAUACUGAUUUGAUAUAUGUGAAAGGAUUGCCUCACCUGGGUUAGUUAACACCCAUCACCACACUUGGUUACAAAUUUUUUUCUUAUGGCUCUUCAGCAAAGGCCCUUGUCAGUUUAAAAGAGGGAAGCUUAUCUAACACAUGGAAUGAAAAGUACAGUUCUUUACAAAAAACACCUGUUUGGAAAGGCAGGAAUACGGGCUCUGCUGUGGAAAUGCCUUUCAGAAAUUCAAAGCGAAGUCGACUCUUUUCUGAUGAAGAUGACAGACAAAUAAAUACAAGGUCACCCAAAAGAAACCAGAGGGUUGCGAUGGUCCCACAGAAAUUUACAGCAACAAUGUCUACACCAGAUAAGAAAGCCUCACAGAAGAUUGGUUUUCGAUUACGUAACCUACUGAAGCUUCCCAAAGCACAUAAAUGGUGCAUAUACGAAUGGUUCUACUCAAAUAUAGAUAAACCACUCUUUGAAGGUGAUAAUGACUUCUGUGUAUGUCUGAAGGAAUCUUUUCCUAAUUUAAAAACAAGAAAGUUAACAAGAGUAGAAUGGGGAAAAAUCAGGCGACUUAUGGGAAAACCACGGAGAUGUUCUUCUGCAUUUUUUGAGGAAGAGAGAUCAGCAUUAAAACAGAAACGACAGAAAAUAAGGCUUUUGCAACAAAGGAAAGUUGCAGAUGUUUCCCAGUUCAAAGAUCUCCCAGAUGAAAUUCCUUUGCCUCUGGUUAUCGGGACCAAAGUUACGGCUCGAUUACGAGGUGUUCAUGAUGGUCUCUUCACUGGACAAAUAGAUGCGGUGGAUACUUUUAAUGCUACCUAUAGAGUAACUUUUGAUAGGGCAGGGCUUGGAACCCAUACCAUCCCUGACUAUGAAGUUCUUAGUAAUGAGCCUCACGAGACAAUGCCAAUUGCUGCCUUCGGACAAAAACAGCGGCCUUCUCGAUUCUUUAUGACUCCACCACGAUUACAUUAUACUCCUCCUCUCCAAUCACCGAUCACAGAUAAUGACCCUUUACUAGGACAGUCACCUUGGAGAAGUAAAAUUUCUGGCUCUGACACUGAAACAUUAGGUGGUUUUCCGGUAGAAUUCCUUAUCCAAGUGACCAAAUUAUCAAAAAUUCUCAUGAUUAAAAAGGAACAUAUCAAAAAAUUAAGGGAAAUGAACACAGAAGCAGAAAAAUUGAAAUCCUAUUCCAUGCCCAUUGGCAUUGAAUUUCAGCGGAGAUAUGCAACGAUUGUUCUGGAGUUGGAGCAACUCAACAAAGACCUCAACAAAGUUUUGCACAAAGUUCAACAAUACUGCUAUGAGCUUGCUCCAGACCAGGGCCUGCAGCCUGCAGACCAGCCCACAGACAUGAGACGGAGGUGUGAGGAGGAAGCACAGGAGAUUGUCCGGCAUGCCAACUCCUCCACUGGACAGCCCUGUGUUGAGAACGAAAAUCUGACAGAUUUAAUCUCCAGGCUUACCGCUAUUUUAUUACAAAUUAAGUGUCUGGCAGAAGGAGGAGACCUGAAUUCCUUCGAGUUCAAAUCACUUACAGAUUCAUUAAAUGAUAUCAAGAGUACGAUAGAUGCUUCUAAUAUCAGUUGCUUUCAGAAUAAUGUGGAAAUCCAUGUUGCCCACAUUCAGAGUGGCCUGAGCCAGAUGGGAAACCUGCAUGCCUUUGCAGCCAAUGACACCAACAGGGACUGAGCCGACUUCAUGGCUCCAGCAGCAUAAGACGCUGUUCUUCCUUCACACAGGCUUCCAACACCAAAUAACCCAAGUGCUGGGAAACAGAUAAGGCAUUUAACAUACUGUACUGCUUCUUAAACCAGCGUUGCUGACCAGCAUUCUAUUUAUUUUCCUUUUAUUACUCGGCUGCAGUAGCAUUGCUUACGUUACAUGUUUAUUAGCAAGUAUUUUUAAACUGAACAUGUCUGAACGUAAUACACUUUCAUGGAAGAGUGUGCUGACCCUUUUCUGAACGUGCAUGAAUUCAGGCCGACAGGCGCAGAUAGCAGCUUCAGGGGAGAACAUGCAGAAACGCGGUCUUCUUGCAUGUCUGUGGCACGGUGUGGAAGCUCUGACCAGAUGACAGCUCAGGCUCCCUCAGCUCGUCACUCUCUGUCUUUGAAAGAGGUCACCCUCGAGAGAUGGCACGUCCACCCUUGGAGGAAGCCACUGGAAUAUAGCUGGGAAGUAUGGACUUAAGUAUACAUGAUGGGUACUUGCGGUAUGACAUGGGUCUAGAGAUCAUUUUAUAAUAAUAAAUAUUUUAAUUUA